AUGGUGGAGCAAUUUCUGAAACCGAAGCCACCUAGGUUUGACGGGAAAGGAGACCCGGAGAUGGCUCCUCGUUGGAUUGAGGAGAUUGAGAAAUGCUUCACGGUUCUAGGAUGUUCUGACGCUGAAAAAGUGACAUUGGCGGUGUACCAACUCCAAGAGAUUGCCCAUGAUUGGUGGAGGGCUACGAGAGUGACCGUUUUCCCCGAAGGAGUGGUGCCUAAUUGGAAUGCAUUCUUUGAGGCAUUCAUUGGGAAGUUCUUCUCUGCAGCUGCUCGGGAGCAGAAGUUAGUUGAAUUUCGGAACUUACGUCAAGGCAACAUGACGAUCGAGGAAUAUGAAGCGGAGUUUGCAAGGUCGUCUAAGUAUGCUCCGCGGAUGGUUGAUAAUCCUUUAGAUAAGGCAAGAAGAUUCAGAGAUGGGCUACAACCUGACCUCCGUAGCCAACUGGUGGCUUUGGACCUGCAGAACUAUGAGGAGCUAUAUAGGCGGGGCUCGACGGACUUCUAA